GAAAACGACAUCGUUUGUAUUUUCCCUGUGUAAUAAUAAUAAUUUUUUUUUUCUUCUUUCAAGAUUAGCCAAAUAAGCGUUCUUCAAUUUUCAACUGAAACCUUAGGACCAGAAAAAAAAAGGGAAAAAAAAUCUCAGAUUUUCUGUCAAGGAAAAUAUGGAAUCCAGUAGGGGCCAAGGUGGAAUCCAGCAGUUGCUUGCUGCAGAACAAGAAGCUCAGCACAUUGUCAAUACUGCCAGAAAUGCCAAGAUGGCUAGGCUGAAACAAGCCAAGGAAGAGGCUGAAAAGGAGAUUGCUGAAUAUCGAGCUCAAGUGGAGAAGGAGUUUCAGAGGAAACUUGCCGAGAGCAGCGGGGAUUCGGGUGCUAAUGUGAAACGCCUUGAGAAAGAGACUGAAGCAAAGAUUGACCACCUGAAAAAUGAGGCUGCAAGAAUAUCAGAUGAUGUUGUCCAAAUGCUUCUCAAGCAUGUAACAACUGUAAAGAAUUAGUCCCCUUGAGAUGGCAAACAUUCAAUAUAUGUUACUGUUGUUCCCCUGCAUGAUGUAAUAUUUGCGUUGUUGCCCUCACCUGGUUUAGACUCUGGUGAGUAAAUUAGACCCUUUUUAUCAGAUACAUCAGUUUGAGAACAUGUAGGACAAAUUGUGUGCCUAUCUAUUUAUGCUGGGGAAAAGAGCAAUAAAGUUUUAAUAAUGUCAA